CUCUCUCCCACCCUCAACAGCUUCGUGACCCAAGGAGUGAGGAAGGAUGGGCAAACUGGGAGACGGCGCCACCCCCAUGCACAGUGAGCACCUGCCUUUGCUGGCCAAAGCGGCCCCCAGCGCCACCUACCUGAGCCAGCAGGAAGUGGCCGAGCAGGGCAGUGCUGCCCCCUGGCCCGGACUCCGCAGAGCCCUGAUCAGCCUGCUGGCCGGCCUCUUCGCCUGCAUGCUCCUUCUGGCCGUGGCCCUGCUCCUCUCCCUGCCCCGGCCUCGCCCAGCCCUGGGCUGGUGGCAAAAGGCUGCCUUCUACCACCUGCCCCCGUCCUCCUUCCUGGACUCGGAUGGCGAUGGGUGGGGGGACCUGGCAGGCGUCAGGCAGCAGCUGGACCAGCUGGCAACCCUGCCCAUCCAGGCCUUGGUGUUGGGCUCUAUCCUUGAAGGCGGAGGGGCCAACCUGACCCAGAUCGUCCCUGCCCGUGGAUCGCUGGCACAGCUGCAAGCUCUGCUGACUGACGGGCACAAGAGAGGGAUCCGAAUUCUGCUCGAACUUCCGCCUUGGGGAGAAGAGGGUGACGCAUCAGCUGAGAGCAACCAGACAGUGAAGCUCCUCAAGGAGGCCCUACAGUUUUGGCAGUCCGAAGGCGUGCACGGUUUUUUGGUGGCCAAAGACCCUGCCUGGUGCCUCCUCACGGUCAGUUUCACUACUGGAAAUCAACCGGUUAUUUACAAUAACAACCUGAGUGGGAUGGGGAUGGAACAGCACCCUGUGAUCACCCUAAAUCACGCUGCAGCUUCCUUUGCUUGGCAUAACAUCCUCUAGGAAGUGGCUUGUAACCCCUGAUUUAAGGUUAAUGUGAUGCCAACCUACUGUGGCUUAUUCAAUGCAGGCCGAACAAAAACAGGUGUAGCACGGUGUAUAAACUUAACUUGCUGUAUAUAUGUAUUUGUAUUGUAUAUGUAUGUGUUUGUCUGUAUUUAUAUCGCAUAUGUAUGUGUUUGCUGCCAUGCCUAAUCUUUCCUGGAAUACAGAGGUCAUCUACGCGGCAAUCCAAUUUCUGCACCCCACAGGCACAAUGGCUUCGUUUCGAUGCCUCCUUUUCUCUCUCUGCCGCAUUUGGGCGCUUCUGAGCACGCUUUCAUAGUACAUAACAUCUUAUGGGAUCCAAGAGGCAUCAACUGGCUUGUUUUUAUGCGACUCCCGACUGUUUUUCCUUUCUUCCUGUAGUUUAUCAGUGAAGGAGAAAAAAACAUGGAAUUAGCUGCACGGCUGUCUCUUGGGAAUUCCUGGCUAGAAGUAUUCCUUCUUGCAGUUUUGCAGCAAACAAAACAUAAAACUUUUGUUUUUCAAAGUGUUUACAUUUCAUUUUAUUGCUGAAACGAUUGUGGGGGGAAAAAGCUGCUUUCAGGCAAACAGUGUGUGGCGUGAGGACCUCAUGCCUCUUGCUAAAUUUCCGUGCUGCAGGGAGAUCCCAUUGCCCGCACUGCAUGUAUGGACAGACAGACACGCACACAGAGACACCCGUGGCAUCCCUCCGGAUCUGGCCCCUUUGAUGUGGGGCUAGGGAGAGCAGGGAGACAAACCGUCCCCAGAAAACUCUUAUUGAAUUAAUGCAAGCCUGAAUUCUCCCAGCCUUCCUUACACGCUUUGAUCCCGACCUGUAAGGGAAACAGGGCUUCGGUUUGGUCUCGGUCAAAACCAUGGAUCCGAAAGGCUGAAGAAGCCGCACUGCCAAAAUGGCAGCCUGGAAGCUUUCCUUAUUUUUUUUUAAUUACUGUGCUGUAUCAUUAAAGGACUCUGCAGCCCUUUCAUGUCAGCAGUUUUUUAAAAAGAAUAUUUUAAUACUUAGCUGAGAACGCACUUUAAG